GGCGCUGCAAUGGGGGUGGGGGAGUCAGGCAGUUGCUCAGCUCCGGGCGAAGUCAGGACCACCUUGUCCACACACACACUCCUCGGCGGUCAGUGAACCGGAAGCAGAUGACCCGGAGUCAUGGCGGCACUGAGGGUCUUGGGAACCGCAGCAAAGAAUUACAGUUAUGCACAGAGUGUUGUUGCCUCACGAACCCUCCUGAGCAGCCCCUCACUGAGCUCAUCACCUCAGUCACAGUUUUCUUCCCCGGCUGUCAGGAGGCCUGAUGGUGAUUUCCAGGUGACAAUGAUUCCAGGGGAUGGUGUGGGUCCCGAGUUGAUGCAUGUCGUCAAAGAGGUGUUCAAGGCUGCGGAGGUGCCAGUUCAGUUUGACGAACAUCAUGUGAGUGAGGUUCACAACAUGGCUUCAGAGGAGAAACUGGACGAAGUCCUCAACUCCAUGAAAUUGAACCGAGUCGCCAUUAAAGGGAAGAUCUACACUCCGAUGGAAUAUAAGGGCGAGCUGUCAUCCUAUGAGAUGAAGCUGAGGGGAGCUCGCCAUCCCUUUUCACAGGCGAUGGGCAGGAACAUUGCCAAUCCCACCGCCAUGUUACUGAGCUCUGCCAAUAUGCUGAAACACCUGAACUUAGAGUUUCACUCCAACCUGGUCUCCGAGGCUGUGAAGAAGGUCAUCAAACUGGGCAAGGUUCGGACCCGAGAUAUGGGCGGUUAUUCCACCACCAGUGAUUUCCUGAAGAGCAUCAUCGAUAAUCUGCACCCUCCUCGUCACCGCUAGUCUGCCUCAGGCCCUGGAACUCACUGGGUUCCCUUUAGAAGCACCUCCUCCUGCCGUGAGUUCGGACUUGAUGCUGUCAUUGGAUCCCUGGGACUGUCGGAGCCCCUCCUCUUUCCCCCCCACCCCCAUUCAGAAAUCCUUUGGAACGAAUGAGUUAAAGAGUUUGUACCUGUGUACUGGCCAGGUGUUGCUUAUGGAAAGUAAUGUCACCAUUUGAAUGUGCAGUGGAUGGAGUGACCCGAGUGUCUCCCAGUGACCUGGUCCAGUGUUUAGUGUUUAACCCUUUAACCUGCCCCAUGCUAUGUGCAGCAUUCAAUGACCAGUUCUCACAUAGAGAACAAUAUCCAGGAUCAGCAAUGAUCACUCCCUCCUACUCUUCAUUAUUUCUGAUUUGUGGAUCAUCUCUUUUAUUUCCCCUUUGUUUCGUUGAAAUUGAUUUUGAAGAUUUUCAGAUUGUCUCAGCCCGAGGACGGAGGAACAACGUGUGAAUGAAUUUGAAUCAUGAUGUAAAUAAAUGACAUUUACAAAUCAGAUAACUGACACCUCGAGGAAAAUUUGAGGUUUUAGCAUCUGAAUCAUUGACACUGGAGUAAUCGGGAGCAUCGCAAAUCAGGUUCGGACUCCGGAUAUGGGUGGAUACUCAACCUCGGCAGAGUUCACCUCGGCUGUGAUCGCUAACCUCAACACCUAAAGUGUUGACACAACCUGGGUUGCUGCAGGAGGAUCCUACAAAUACUCUUAAAGUGGGGAUUAAGCAUCCUGUCAUUAUAUGGCAUCACCAAGUCCAGCCAAUCAGUGUGUACUGUGUUAAUGUUAAACGUGAAUAAAAGCACAAAGAACCCAA